AUGCCUUCUUCUAACAGCCCCGAAUGUUUCUACUGCCACACCUCUGGCCAGAUCCAGAGGGGGUGCCCGCUCCGUGCUGCUGUGUUCAGAGUCUUCUCCCAGCCCCUCGAGAUAAUUACUCUAGAGGCUUUCCAGGCUAACAAUGAUAACUUACUGACUUCUACAAAGCCCCGUCGCAUCGCAGUGCAGUUUCAACUGCUUCAGCAACAGGACGAGCAGGGGCAGCGUCAUCUGGCCUUGGAAAGUAGGAUGCGUCGAAUGGAAAGAGAAAAUACAAGGUUGAAACAAGAAAACCAGGAGCUUAAGAGACGCCUACAGCAGGAUGAAUCGGGCAGGGAAAACUAG